GGGUUCAGGGGUGCCGGAGCUGGGAGUGGCUGCUCCCAGUAUGAGCCCAGUUGCCACCUCCGUGUGGUUCCAGUUUCCUUGGCAUUCCCAGUAUGAGCCCUGCCACUCCCAGUCAUUCCUUAUUAUGAUCUAAUUUGCCUCCUACACUGUCCCAGUUGCUUCCAGCUCGUCCCACUUUUGUCCAGUGUGUUCCCAGUUCUCCCAGUUACCCCAUCAUCGUCCGUGUCAUUCCCAGUAUGAGCCCAGUCACUCCCAGUUGCCUCCAGCAUGGUCCCAGUUUCCCCCAGUACAUUCCCAAUCUCUCUCCGUUUGGUCCCAGUCACAACCCCUUUGGUCUCAGACACUCCCAGUAUAUCCCAGUUGCCCUGAACAUUCUCAUUGUCAUUCCCAGGCACUCCCAGUUACCUCACUGUGGUUCACUUGCCCCCAGCUGUAUCCCAGUUGCUCCCAGCAUGGGCCUGGUAGCUCCCAGUAACCCCCAGUCAGGGUCCAUUGACCCCCACUCCAAUCCCAGUAUGAUUAUAGCUACUCCCAGUAUGAAUCCCAGGAUGAUUCCAGUCACUUGCAGUCUGAUUCUAGUCACUCCCAGUCUGAUACCAGUGAUCCCAGUUGCUCCCUGUCAAUGCCAGCAUGACCCCAGUAGCCUCCAGUAUGAUCCCCAUGACUCCCUAUGUGUUCCAAUAUAUCCCAGUCACCCCCAGUCACUCCCACCUCCUCCCAGUUUCUUUCAGUAUGAUUCCAGUUCCUCACAGCCACUCCCAGACAAUCCCAGUAUGAUUCUCAUCACCCUCAGUGUGAUCCCAGUUCUCCUCAGCAUGGACUGACCUGUUCCCACUGUGAUUCCAGUACGAUCCCAGUUGCCCCAAGCAUAGUUCCUGUUGUUUCUAGUUCCUCCCAGUAUGAUCCCAGUUGUCCCUUGAAUACUCCCAGUCCCUCUCAGCAUGGUCCCAGUCACUCCCAGUUGCCUCUAGCGUGGUCCCAGUCAUUCACAGCAUGGUCCUGGCUGUUCCCAGUGUUCUUUUAGUCCCCCCAGUACGAUCACAGACAUUCCCAGUAUACCCCCAGUGUCCCUCAGCAUGCUUGUAGUCAUUCCCCGUCACUCCCAGUUGUCCCAGUAAGGUUCCAGUUACCCCAGUACAGCCCAGUCACUCCCAGCGAUUGCACUCCUGGCAUCCCCCAGCCCUCUCUGCGUUCCCCCGUCCCAGAUCUCCCGAGAGGAGCCCCAAGGGCUGGAAGUCCCCAGCCAGGGUCCCCAGCAAGCCCCAGUUUGGAUGUGCAGCCCCCAGUUUUCCCAGUUUCCCUCUCCUUUUCCCCGGGCCGGGUUCCCCCCGCCCCCAGCGGGUGGGAGCAGCCGAGAGCCCCGCGCUGCCCAUCCCGACCUGUCCCGGCUCCAUCCCCGCUGCUCCCGCGGGCUGCCAGGGGCUGGGAACGGGGCACCGAGGGUGUGGCUGCUCCUGGGGGAGGAGGAGCAGGGAUGGAAGAGGAGGGAUGAAGAAGGAGCAGGAGAAUGGAUGGAAGCAGGAGAAGGAGGUGGGGUUAGGCAAGAGGAGGAGGGAUGGAAGAGGAGGAGCCGGAGGAAGAGGAGGAGGAGGGACAAAGGAGGAUCAAGAAAAGGAGAAAGAACCACGAGGCCAAGCGCUCCCUGCAUUUGCAGCCUCCCCACCUGUGGAAUCAUCACCCCCCAAUCCCGCAGGAUUUCCCAUUCCCAAUCAUUGGCCAAUGGAAGAGGAAGCUGUGAGGAAAAGGAAGAUGCCCCAGAACUCCCAGGCAGACAAGGAGCUGAGGAUGGAGACCAGGGAGGACAAAUCCCCACAGCAGAACCUCAUGGGAGAGGCCGUUUGGAGCAGCUCCAGUGCUCAGGAAUCCAAUGAGGAGGAAAAUCCCCUGAGAUCCUUCACAAGGAGGGGCUGCAAAGACAGAUCGGAGGGAUGUGAGGAGGAAAGACCCACACUGUGCCGGGAAGGCGGCCGGAGAUGGAGCCAGAGCUCAGAGCUGGUGGAGCAUGAGAAGCUUCCUGAUGGGGAGAAGCCCAACAAGUGCUCCGAGUGUGGAAAGAGCUUUAAACAGAGGUCCAACCUAAUCAGGCACCAGAGGAUUCACACUGGGGAACGACCCCACGAGUGUGGGGAAUGUGGGAAGAGGUUUCAGUGGAGCUACACCCUGAUCCGUCACCAGAUGGUCCACACGGGGGAGAGGCCCUACGAGUGUGAUAAAUGCAGGAAGAGGUUUCAGCUCAGCUCCAGUCUCCUCCUGCACCAGCGCACACACACGGAGGAGAGGCCCUUCCGCUGCCCUGACUGCGGGAAGGGCUUCAGGCAAAACACUCAUCUUGACAGGCACCGGCUCAUCCACACUGGGGAGAGGCCCCACAAGUGUGAGGAAUGUGGGAUGAGCUUCAGCCGGAGCUCCCACCUGAACCGGCACCAGAGGACCCACACUGGGGAACGGCCCUACGAGUGUGGGGAAUGUGGGAAGAGCUUCAGGCAGAGCUCCAACCUGAUCUGCCACCAGAACAUCCACACUGGGGAAAGGCUUUACAAGUGUGGGGAAUGUGGGAAGAGCUUCAACCAGCAUGCCAACCUGAUCAGCCACCAAAAGAUCCACACUGGGGAGAGGCCAUACAAGUGUUCUGAGUGUGGGAAGAAGUUUCGGAUCAGCACCCAGCUCCUUGUACAUCAGCAAAUUCACUCAGAGGAGAGGCCCUUCCACUGCCCCGACUGCGGGAAGGGCUUCAAGCAGAACUCCACCCUCAUCAUCCACCGGCGCGUUCACGCCCGGGAGAGGCCCUACGAGUGUCCCCAGUGUGAGAAGAACUUCUUACACAGCUCAUCCUUGACCAGACACCAACAGAGGCACCAGUAAGGGACGCCCUGUGAGUGCCCCCAGUGCAGGAACAGCUUCGUGCACUGCUCCAACUCCAUCCCCCACUGGAGUACCCAUGUUGAGCAGAGCCCUGGUGACCCACAUUCCCUGUGAUCCAUGUUGGGAAGGCACUAUUCUGGUUAUCCUUUUGUUUUGACCUUAAUUUUCCUCUGAUUCAUCUUCAUCCCUUAAAAAGAGCCAAAACAGGGUUGAAAAGAAAGAAAUUGACCAAAUAUUUCUGAAGUCCCACCAUUUCACAGGUAAUUGAGGGGGAGUUUAGGAUUGGAGCCAUAUUCUGGAGGAUUUGUGUGUUCUUGGGGGAUUUUUGCUGGAUACUCCAUCUCUUUGCACUCUUAAAGCCAAAAGGGAUCAUCUGUCACCUCAAAACCAUGCAAAUCCCACUAGGAACAACUCAUUUUUAACCUAGAAAGGCUGAAUCCUACUGUAACCUGAGGGGUUCAUGGCUAGGGAGACACAAAUCAUGACUCGAGACCUCUGGAUCAUGAGACAAACAGCAUGUUUUAUUGUUUGGAUCUCCCUGAUAUACUAAGUUCUAAACUCCCAGUUCUAGCUCCUAGCCCUGCCCAGCUCCUUGACCAGUGAUAUGUCUGCUCUCUGAACUGGCUAUGACUGGUUGAGGUGUCUGCAUGAGCUCUCCCACUCACCUAGAGACUUCUAGAACAAGGCAGGUCAGCUGAGUUGGGUCUGUUAUGGCCAGAUUUAUCUUCUCUGGCUGACAGAUUAGCUAUUCUGUCGCCCUUUCGGUUCUAAUUAAAAAAAGGAAAUGUUCUUUGUUAUCCUUCUUGCAGGCACCUUGCAGGUAGGACGACAAAGACAGUAUGAAUUUAAUUUGAAUGAGGCUUUGUACUCAAUUUGAUAAACUUAAGUUUCCCUAGCCAGUGAUGUGUCUCGUGUGUUAUUGGAGCUGCAGUAUUCACGUCUAGGAGGUGUUAGGCGAAAUCCACUAAUACCACAAUUUGCCAGGCUAGCAUGUCACAGGUUAAUUGCUUAGAAGUUACAGGUUCCAACUUGACACUAGAAAACAGUAAACAAACUAAAAACCAUUUCAAUCAAAGCACACAUCUUUCUGCCUCUGAUGUCUCCCAAAUGUUUGAAUCUUGGAGUAAAGCAAGGUGGUGGGUAAAUUGUCUUACUGUUGACAAUCUUUUACUUAGAAAAACAUGAGAGCACCUAAAGCUCUUGAGGAGGUGUACACCCACCCCACACUUUUUACCUUUCUUUAACAAUUAUGACAGGAAUAAAACACGUAUUUUUGAACAUGACUAAGGUGAAACUUCAAACUGCCUAUAUGUUUUACCAUCACUCAGGCUCUGCUACAGCUGAAGGGCCUCUUUAUCACAGUGAGGACUUGAAGAGCCUCUUCUGGAUGAGGCUUUUCAUGUUUAUCUGAGGAAAAAAGAUUUAACUUCUCUAAAGCCAAAUCAGUUAGUCAAAGUGACUUGCUUUCACUUUUAGAAAUUUGCUAUUGACUUGAACAGGAGUUGGCAUGAGUGAAAUAUGAAAGGUGGUUGUUAGUAAUUUUUAGCAUGAAAAUGCUUUGUUGAAAUGCUGUAACUGAAAUGGUAGGAUUUUUGGAAGAGAAAAAUAAGUAUCUUGGUGCUUCCCUUUUUCUUUGGAGGGUAAAAACAGCAUGUAAAUGAUUAUGAAUUUUAUACAGAAGAAAUUAUCAAAUAAAACCAAAAUUUUAAAUAUCA